AUGGCUUACCUCUACCCGGUCGGUGUCUCCACCACCGCUCUCAUUGUGGUGGGAUUGUAUAUGCUCUUCCACGGAGAUGGUGAAGCUUUCAACUUCGGCCGUUUCCUCGAGGAGGUCUCCCCCUACGCCUGGGCAAAUAUCGGAAUCGCUGUCUGUAUUGGCUGCUCCGUUGUUGGCGCGGCAUGGGGUAUCUUCCUCACCGGUUCAUCAAUUGUUGGCGGUGGUGUCCGCGCACCCCGGAUCCGAACUAAGAACUUGAUCUCCAUUAUUUUCUGUGAAGUCGUGGCUAUCUACGGUGUGAUCAUGGCUAUUGUCUUCUCUUCCAAGCUCAGCCCGGUCCCCGAAGGCGCUAUCCACACCUCCAGCAACUACUACACCGGAUAUGCAGUGUUCUGGGGAGGAAUCACAGUCGGCGUGUGCAAUCUUAUCUGUGGUAUUUCCGUCGGAGUGAACGGAAGUGGCGCCGCUCUGGCUGAUGCUGCCGAUCCUAACCUGUUUGUCAAGAUUCUCGUUGUUGAGAUUUUCAGCUCCGUUCUCGGUCUAUUUGGUCUUAUUGUUGGUCUUCUUGUGGCUCAGAAGGCGGCGACAUUGGAGGCAGCUUGA